ACAUUCCAAAAGAUGCUCUUUGAUUUGAUUUGUUUUUGUAUUAGUGUAUUUGAAGGAAAAUUUCUUAUUGUUAUCCCAAGCAGAAGGAAAUUUCCUACUUCUAUUUUCUUUUAUUUGUUUUUUCUAUUGUUUGAAUGGCAUCUUUCUGAGCUUCAGCAUUUUUAUUUACCAUAGACACUAAAGUGACCUUUUGUUACUUUUUUCUACCUCAUCCUGUCUUUUUUUUUAGUACUUCAAUCCGCUGUGGCAGUUUUUAAAGGGCUUUACAAAUAAAGCUGCAAUGAAUUAAAAAAUUAGGAGUAACAAAUAACUCGUUUUGAUUUAUUUUAAACCGCAAUCUGAUGGGUUGUUUAGUGAAAGAGGUUUUUGGCGACACCUAGCGGUGUGGUUGGAAUUGUACGUCACUUCCUCUAAUCUUCCUGUUCAUCUUCUCUAUCAGCCUCUCCCUACAGGUCUGCAUUGAAUGGAAUAUUUCAACAGUUAUGAAGCUGAACUGAAAGCUUUCUUUAAAAUGAGGCUAAAGCUGUAGCUAACGGCCAACAUUUCUGCCAAAAUGGCUGUUCCUUUGCACAAACAUUAAGGCUCCAGCUGUUUCUCCCCCCUGGUGCUGCUGCUGAAUCAGCGGACGCAUGUCGCGGCUCCGGCUCACCAUCGACAGCGUGACCAAGGCAGUCGGCAGCACGGACCUCGUCUCCAAGUUCUCCAGAUUCAAACCUAGCAGUCAUGUCUCAGACGGCGCCCGGGCGGAGAAGCGUCCGGCCAGCGCGGGGCAGGUAGACAACCCGGCCGCCUCGCCAUCUCAAGACGCAGGGAAGGAGGAGAAAGGCGCGAAGAAGGCGGCGGGGGACACGCCAGAUAAGCAGCGAGCUCCGGAAACACCUUUUGUCGCCGUCAAGAAGCCAACGCCACUCGGCGCUCAGGAGGCGAAUCCAUCCACUCCGAAUACUUCGUCUGCGGUUGCUAAGCAGCUUUUUCACCCCGCCACUUUGACCGCCAACAUGGAUGAAACGUACAAGUCGCUGUCCCACCACAUCAACAACUAUUUUGGCUCCAGCGCCCAAGGAGAGGACGGAGAGAACAGGCAGCGGCACGUUUCUGGUGCCGUUCCUCACGCCGCUCCUCAGAUGACCCAGGAUCCCAUUCCGGUUUUGUCUCCAGUGUCAGAAGCAAAGGGGCAAGCUCCGCCUCCUGCCUCUCCAGGCUCGCCACCGCAAAAGCUGAGCCCCGGCGCGGAGGCUGCUGAAAAGUCCGUCCCCGAUGUCACGGCGCCUGCCAAAAAGGGCUUCACCCAGUAUUUGUCCUACCCACGCCCCAGCGUCCAGGCCUUCGUGGGCAGCUACAUCGCACCUCUGGUCCCCAAAUUUCGCGGCGACCCCAAAAAGGCGGCGGCUGAGAAGGACGCGCCGCCGGCGACGGAGGUGGAAGAGCCCGCCGUGGAUAAGGCGGCGGAGACGACCGAGAGCGAACAGGAAAAGGCAGAGAGAGCCAAGCAGCUGCUGCUGAGUCAGCGGGAGAAGAUCAUCGCCAGAGUGAGUUUAGACAACCGGACCAGAGCUCUGGUGAAAGGCCUGCAGAGGGUCAGCGACGUGAAGCUCCUCACCACCCGGGUGGAGGAGCUCAGCCUCCAUCUGCUGGAGUUCCCGGAGACCCGAGCCGUGGCCAUCAAGGAGAGCUUGCUCCCUAGUCUGCUGCGUCUGCGCCAGGCCAGCGACCUUCCUCUGAAGGCGGCUGUGAGGGAAGCGCUGGCCGUCCUCGGCUACACCGAUCCGGUCAAAGGCCGAGGAAUACGAGUGCUGUCCAUCGACGGUGGAGGAACGAGAGGACUGUUGGCCCUACUGACGCUCCAGAAGUUGGAACAUCUCACCGGAAAACGCAUCCAUCAGCUCUUCGACUACAUCUGUGGCGUCAGCACAGGCGCCAUCCUGGCGUUCAUGCUGGGCAUUUUCCAGAUCCCGCUGGACCAGUGCGAGGACCUGUACCGGAAGCUGGGCUCGGACAUUUUCAAGCAGAACGUCAUCGUGGGAACGGUGAAGAUGGGCUGGAGCCACGCCUUCUACGACAGCGAAAUGUGGGAAAGUAUCCUCAAGGAGCGGCUCGGUGAAGUGCGCAUGAUUGAGAGCGCGAGGGACCCCCACAGUCCUAAAGUGGCAGCAGUGAGCACUAUUGUCAACAGAGGUUUGCCCCUGAAGGCCUACGUGUUCAGGAACUACAGGCUCAUGCCUGGGGUCCAGUCCCACUACCUUGGAGACUGCAAACACAAGCUGUGGCAGGCCAUCCGCGCCUCAUCCGCCGCCCCCGGAUACUUUCAGGAAUUUGUCCUCGGAAAAGACCUUCAUCAGGAUGGGGGGCUUCUCAUCAACAACCCCACGGCUCUGGCGAUUCACGAGUGCAAGUGUCUGUGGCCGAACACGCCUCUGCAGUGCGUGGUGUCGCUGGGCACCGGGCGAUACGAGACGCUGGGCAAGAACAGCACCGCCUACACCAGCCUGAAGACCAAGCUGACGCACGUCAUCAGCAGCGCCACGGACACCGAGGAGGUGCACACCAUGCUGGACGCCCUGCUGCCCCCUGACACCUACUUCCGCUUCAACCCCUACAUGAGAGAGGACAUCCCGCUGAACGAGAGCCGGGAGGAGAAGCUCAACUUCCUGAAGAGCGAAGGAGAACGCUACCUGGAGUGCAACGUGGCCAAGCUGAAGAGGACGGCCAGCGUGCUGGGCCAGGAGAAGGGCACCGUCCAGAGACUGGCCGAGUGGGCCAAACUCAAAUCCGACAUGUACGAGGGCGUUCCCUUCAGGUCCAAACUGUAGCUAGAAACCCGGAAAAUUGAAAUUCUGAAGUUCAGUCCAGGGGUCUGCAACACCUUCCAGUGAAUUCAGUAGCAACUAAGUCUGAUUUCACCUUUUUUGAAAAAUAAGACAAUAUUUCUGUUAUUGUUACUAAUUUGUAGAACAUAAAUGUGCUUUUUGGCCAAAAAUAAAACAAUAUUUAUUUAUUUUCCUUUUUUUUUAAUUAGAAAUAAAAUAAAAAAUAUAAACUUAAAGAGAAAAUAGCUCAAAACAUGAAGUUGUUUAUAACCUUUCAAAAUAAAAGACACCCUGCGUCACAUACAAUCAUCUCAGUGCAGCAAAUGUAGUAAAAAACAAAAAACAGUUUAUUUUACCGUUUGUGGUGCAUCUCAGCCAGACAUUUCUAAAUCUAACUAACUCAAAUUAAAGUAGUACUAAUGAAGUAAACCUUACCCUAUUUUUUGGACCAUAAGUCGCUCUUUGAAUUAGUUCAGAAAUAGAAAAUCUGUGGUUUUAGCCUUGCAGAUUACUGACCUUCAGCUGAAACAUGCUGCACAAUAUCUGACACAAUGUUGGACCUGUGAUCCAUUACUUUUUACUAUAUAAGUACUUAUUAAAAUUGAAAACUUUUUCUUCCUCUUUAACCAGAGAGCCACAAGGGUUGCAGUCCCCUGCUUGAGUUCAAAGCCGAAUGUCUCCGGGGUUGAACCAUCUUUCAUCGAACACAAACAGCUUUAUUUUAAAUUAAGGGGAAAAGCGGUACUACCCGGGAUCUAGCCAUACUUUUCUCUGCGUGUACAUCCCCUGAAGAACGUUGUGUUGGGUCGUUCCACUUUUAGAAAAUAUGUGGUACGGCUUCAGACGUUAAAAUGUUUAAAUCAGAAAAUUUGUCAAAAAUUAAAAAAAAAAAAAAAUGAAAGCUGAAAUUUAUCUGGAAAAAGAUGGUGCCUGAAAAAUCUGUGCCAACCGCAGAAGGGCGGGGCUUAGUAAGUGUAUAAAAAUGCCACUGAAGUGUUUUUUGGGUCGUUUGAGCAGGAUGUCAUGAAGCAUUAUUUAAGAUCUAGAUUAAGCUGAUUGAGAAUUUAAAGAAACAGGCUGUAAAUUGGGAGUGAGUAGGACCAGCUGCUAUGUACAGAAACGUUGAUUUAUGACACUAAAGGAGGUUCCGGGUCUGGACGCCAGUGUGUGACGGACAUUUCAACCGGACCUCAGGAAUUAGUGCCAGCUUUUUUUUUUUUUUUUUUUGGGGGGGGGGGGGGGGUCUUUUAAUAUAUUUAUAAUUUUCGAUGAUCAUACAGUGUUAUGAAAUGUGUUCUUUGUGGAACAGCAUGUGUUUACGAUGGUCUUAGAAAUCAAACGGGAUUUAUUCAAAUUUAGAACAAAUCAACACCUAAGCUAACAAUUCAAGAUCAAAGCUGCAUGAAAAUUCUUAUAAUUUUAGUUUUUUUUUUUUUUUUUAAUGACUACUAUGAACAUAAAAACCUAAACUGACACAUUUGUACAAACAACCAUUGAGGGAAUCUUUCCAAAAUCUUUCCAAAAAAGCCUGAUGUGAAUUGGUGUUCAGAGAUUAAGAUGUUACUCAAACAAAAGUGUAACUGCACAGCAGAUUUUACUGCCUACUUGUCAAAUUUUACACAACAAAACUAAAACUUUGCACUCUGUAUUGAAUUAACCUGUAAUGGGUGAAAAAUGUAAAUAAUAUUUAAAAACAAAGGCAAAAAAACUGUCACAAAGAUUAGAUUUAAUCAUUUUUCCAUGACCCUUACUUUGUAUCCUAAUAAUCUCAGAUGCUGUGAUUGUUCUCUUUCCUAUUGUUCAGAAGAACUUCAAAUGACCCCAAAUGUCAUUAAAUAAAACUGGAUUUAAUUUC